AAAUAAUUUAAAUUAAUUGUACGUACCUUUUCUCUGGUUUAAAGAAAGAAUUUAACAAGAGAGAUUUGUUUUUACAUAAAAUGUCAGACUCGUGGCAAAACGAAGUUUUUCGAAAAAGUGUUGAAGAUAGAAUAAAUGAAGCCAUAGAAUCCUGCACAUUAAAAGUAUCAAGGUAUGGUAGAAAAGCUGAAAAAAGAAUAUUUGAAAAAUCGUCUAAUAAACUACAGUAUUUGGGCUAUGUGGCUAGAAUAAUACUUGAUAUUCGUCAAAUGAUUGUGGUUAGUGAAGAUUGGCUUGAUAAACAGAUAACAAAAAUAUUAAGUAAGCCCGCUCCGAAGCUCCGAAGAGUUUUAACUCCUUCAGAAUUGGCCAAAUAUAACAUUAAUUUAAUAAAAUUACAGAAUGAAUUAAAGAAACUAUAGAAAAUA